UCUACGGCUGCAAUGAAAACGAAAUUCGGCAAGCCAAUGCGAAAGCAUUUUCUCUUCCAAAAUUCGUGGCUGAAUAUGAACCAUGGCUCUUUCGGAGCUAUACCCCGGUGUAUCAGAAAAUGCUUGCAUGAGAAACAAGACCUGGUAGAGUCCUCUCCCGAUUCCUUUAUUCGAUUUGACUACGCCAAACAUCUACUGGAAUCCCGAACAGCAAUCGCUACAUUAGUCAAAGCACCGGUUCAAUCAAUUGCUUUAGUUCCAAAUGCUACAACUGGGAUUGAUACAAUUCUCCGGAAUCUAGAAUAUUCCCGUGGCGAUUAUAUUCUCACGUUCAGUACCGUGUAUGGAGCAGCCGAACGAACAGCGCUCCAUUUAUCCGAGGUAACUGGAGUCCAAAUCGCCAAUAUUCCCAUAACAUAUCCUAUGUCCGACGCGGAUAUUUUGUUACUGUUUCUUGCAACCGUCCAAAAUAUCGGAGCAGACCAAAUCAAGGUUGCUGUAUUUGAUACCAUUAGCUUCGAGCCUGGCGUUCGCAUGCCAUUUGAAGCGCUGGUACAGGCUUGCCGGGAGCGAAACAUUUUAUCUUGUGUGGAUGGAGCUCAUUGCAUUGGUCAAAUCCCCAUCAACCUGGAAAGCCUAGACCCGGACUUCUUCGUGAGCAACCUCCAUAAGUGGCUGUUUGUCCCCCGAGGUUGCGCGGUCCUAUAUGUUCCGCCGCGGAACCAAGCUUUAAUCCGAACGACGUUUCCAACCAGUUGGGGGUUCACGCCUCGGUCGACUAUUUGCCGAUGCCAGUUCCAGCAGUCAUCGGAUCAAUCGGCCUUUGAAAGGCUUUUCGAGAGCGUGGGAACAAUGGACUAUAGUCCUUUUCUGUGCGUCGCCGAGGCACUGCGUUUUCGGAAGCAAAUCGGUGGCGAAAACGCGAUCAUGCUCUACAAUAGUCAGCUUGCCAGGGAGGGAGGGCGCAUCAUGGCGCAGAUCCUGGGAACAGAUGUCCUGGACAAUGCAGAGAGCACCUUGACAAGAGGGUUGAGUAUGGUCAAUGUCCAGCUUCCACUGCAUCUAAAGCGUUUGCCUGGGAAGGAAACCGUGGAUUGGAUUUGUAGGACGCUGGUCUCGGAAUAUCAUACUUUUACCCCAGUCUUUAUUCAUGGCCACAAGAUAUGGACUCGUGUGAGCGCCCAGGUGUAUCUUGAGCUAGAUGAUUUUGUCUUUUUAGGUCAUAUAUUCAAGGAUAUCUGCGACCGGGUAAAGGGAGGUGUUGUUGGAGGGAACAGUGACACAAAAUCAUUGAUGCUGGGUAAAACAACCGGGCUCUGUUAA